AUGGCUGUUCAAGAUGAAGACAAAACCGCAUUCCGCACACCGACAGGGUUGUACUGUUACACCAAGAUGCAUUUCGGUCUAAAGAAGGCGGGUGCGACAUAUCAAAGAUUGAUGAACGAGACAUUCAGCGACGCCAUCGGCAAGUACAUCGAGGUGUAUAUGGAUGAUUUGGUGAUUAUGAGCAAGGAAGAAAGCAUGAUGCUGGUGAACAUCCAAAAGACUUUCAACACGCUGCGUAGCGUAAGCAUUAAACUUAAUCCAACAAAAUGCUCAUUUGGCAUGGAAAAAGGAAAAUUCUUAGGUUUCAUCGUCACAAAAGAUGGCUUCAAGGUAAAUCCAGAAAAAGUUCAAGCAAUUGAAAGAAUGCCUUCACCAUCAAACAUCAAGGAGAUGCAAAAACUAGCAGGACGAUUAGCCGCGCUCAAUCGUUUCCUAGCUAAUCACGCGGCAAAGUCCUUUCCGUUCAUCAAAACAUUGCGCAACUGUAUGAAGAAAAGCCAAUUCCAGUGGACUCCGGAAGCAGAGAAUGCGUUCCGCGAGAUGAAAGACUGCCUCAUCAAAUUGCCAACACUAACCGCACCAAUCAAGGGAGAGCCCUUAGUACUAUAUUUGUCAGCUUCCGAUAGAGCAGUUGGAGCAGUGCUACUUGUUGAUCGUCAAGGUAUCCAAACACCAGUCUACUACGUGUCACGAACCUUGACGGACCCAGAAACUCGGUACGCCAUUAUGGAGAAACCAGUCCUCGCGCUGAUCCAUGCAUCAAGACGACUGCGAAGGUAUUUCGCUAACCAUGUCAUACAUGUGUUAACAAACUACAACAUCGGCAAUAUCCUGGCAAGGCCAGAAAUCUCAGGAAGGCUAGCCAAAUGCUCGAUAGAACUCGGAGGUCACAAUGUGGUUUUCAGAUCAAGACCAGCCAUCAAGGGGCAAGUGCUAGCAGAUUUCAUGACAGAGGUACUUGACGAUAAGGACCGAGAAUGUAAAGCAAUGGAGAAAGCCGAGAAGAAGCAAAUAGAAGAACCGUGGUUGUUAUACACGGAUGGAGCGUCAAACGAAGACGGCGCAGGCGCAGGGCUUCGGCUAGUGAGUCCUGACAAACAUGAAUUCACAUAUGCCAUAUGCCUGGAUUUUAAAAGUACGAACAACGAAGCCGAAUAUGAAGCUUUUCUUGCUGGCUUAAGGUUGGCGAUCAAAAUGGGGGUCCGGCACAUCGAAGCGCAUGUGGACUCCAUGUUAGUGGCUGGCCAGAUCAACGGGCAGUACGAAGCCAAGGGAGAUGUAAUGGCGCUCUAUCUAAGUCAAGCAAAGACGUUGCUACAAACUUUCUAUUCCUACAAGGUGCAUCACAUAAACAGAAGCGAGAACAAGCCAGCAGACGCGCUGAGUAAACUUGCAUCUACAAGCUUCCAACACCUGGCAAAGGAUGUGCGCAUAGAAGUUUUGAGCAACCCAUCUGUCCCACUAAGGGAGGUAAGUGUCAUCCAAACAGGAACAACGUCUUGGAUGACCCCAAUAAUCAUGUACCUUCAAUCGAGGAUUCUCCCGGAAAACAAAGCGGAGGCAAGAAAAAUCCAAUACAAGGCCGAGCAUUACCAAAUGGCCGAUGGAAUUUUAUACAGGAAGUCAUACCUUGGCCCGUUGCUGAGAUGCGUAGACGCUGAAGACGCAAACUACUUAAUCCGGGAAGUCCAUGAAGGAAUCUGUGGUAUACAUGCCGGGCCAAGAAUGGUGGUGGCAAAGGUGAUGAAUGUCGGGUACUACUGGCCCGGAAUGCAUUUAGACGCAGUGAAAGAGCUGAGGAAGUGCAGUGGAUGCCAACGACAUGCGCCCAAGACAAUGCGCCCCAAAAAUGAGCUAGUGCCAUUGACCACCGCAUGGCCCUUCCAGCAAUGGGGCAUAGACAUGGUCGGUCCUUUUCCAGAAGCCCCAGGAGCGGUCAAAUUCAUAAUAGUCGCAGUCGACUAUUUCACCAAAUGGGUAGAGGCGAAGGCACUUGCAUUAACCACGUCAAAUGUCGUCAAGAGAUUCAUAUGGGAACAAAUCAUAUGUCGUUUCGGCUUACGGCUCAGAAUCAUCACUGACAACGGCACGAACUUCGCAGCAGAUGACCUCGAACGAUGGUUCAAGGAACUGCACAUCGAGCACACCUUCUCUUCGGUUGCGCACCCGCAAGGGAAUGGUCAAGUAGAGGCAGUUAAUAAAAGCAUCGUCGAUGGUAUCAAAGCAAGGUUAGGCGAGAAAAGAAGGGGCUGGUUUGAUGAGCUACCAAGCAUACUGUGGGCCCAUAGAACAAUGCCCAAGACAAGCAACGGUGAAACACCGUUCAGUCUAGUUUACGGGUCCGAGGCAGUCCGAGUCUGCACGUUCAACCCGGGAGACUACGUCUUAAGAGACAAUGAGGCUUCCAACGCAGAAAAACCCGGGAAACUGGCUCCCAAAUGGGAGGGUCCAUAUAUCAUCGAUACAGUACUCGGCAAAGGAGCUUACAAACUCCGCACCAUCAUCGACAAGGAGGUUCCACGAACUUGGAAUGCUCAACAGCUUAGAAAGUGCUAUAUGUAA